UUUAAAAAGAACGAGUUAUUCAUCUGUAAUCUGUGUUCAAUAAACAAAAAAUAUGUUUUUCAUAUUACUUUGUAAUUUCUGAAGAAAUAACUUUGUCAAUCUCAAUUUAUAUUUUAUUUAUAUUUAAAUAUAUAUCACUUAACAAUGCAAGAUCCCAUUGCAAACCGUGAAAUUGCUAAUAUAGAUAUGUCGAAGAUAGCUGCAUUACAACAGAAGCGUACAUUGGCCUUCGUGAAUCAUUUUGUGGUCACCACAGUCCAGUUCCUGAAUAAUUUUGCAAAGAAAUGUGAACAGAAACUUAUGCACUUUGAAAGGAAAUUGGAGAAAAUUAAUGCAGCUAUGGUUUUAUUAGAGGCCAGAUUAUCUUCAAUACCAGAAGUAAAUACACCUCAAAAAGAUCCGAAGCCAGAAGACAAAAAUGACUCAAACUCAAAUGAACAAGAUAAAGAUAACAAGGCCACAGAACCAAACGAAGAGCUUGUACCUCAACUUGAAACUGCUAUUGGACCUACUGCUGCAAAACCCGAAUAUGAAAGGUUCAUAAAAAUGGUGCAAGUGGGAGUACCCAUAGAUGCAGUAAAAUUAAAGAUUUCAUUAGAGGGAUUGGAUCCUAGUGAAUUUGACAAUAUUAUGCGAAAAUAAAAAUAAUUUAUGUAUUUACAUAUUAUAACCAAGCUUUGCCUCAAAAUUAUACAAAUUACAAAUAGUUAUUUGAAUAUAUUUUUGCAGUGGAAAAAUGUUUCAAAAACAAGUUGAUCAAAGUACAAUGCUAAUGCUGUUAAAUAUUGUAAUAUAAUACAACUAUUUUUGUUAAUAAAAUGUGUAUGGCAGU